AUGCGUGUGGUAAACUACUCUGCCCAGCGGAAUGGCGGUGGGACGACCCAAAUCAGGGCUGGUAUCCGCGACCGUACAGCUGCUUUUAUCGUGUCUGAAAAUUCGUGGCCGUUGUUCAUGUAUCAAGAUUACGAUGCUGACGUCGAGAAUCUGGAGCGCGGUCUCAUGAAGUCGAAGCUGUUAAUUAUGGCAUUUAAAGCGAUCUUCACUUCUCCCUCAUCUGCCAAUGAAGUCGAUGGCGAAGGCGACGGCGCCGAUAUCAUUGAGAACCACCGACGCGCCCAGAGGCAAUCAGAUCAAACGAAAGUCAAGACAUGUGUCGCCUCGAUUAUAGGCAUGCGGAAGGUAACUCCUCGCGCGAUCGCGUAUACAGCUUGCCAGAUUCGGUUUGCUCUUUCUAACAUUACCUCCUGGCGCACCGUGGAUGGGGAUUUUGAUUAUCAGAUAUACUGGAGCAAUAUUGUAGACUUUUUUGAGAAUGCCCCGGGUCCGGCUGCACGAGGAAGGGUGAACGAACUUCUUGAGUGGUGGACCAGAAAGGUUUUCGGGAAGAAUCACCGACAGGAUUUGACGCCAGAUGUUGUUUCGCGAAUGUCUGUCAGUGCUCUUGCUACUCAGAGGCAGGAGAAGGAGGAUGCUGUAUUUGACUCCGACUAG